AUGCAAAGAAAACCCUGCAUCCUGCAGCAGCAGCAACAGCAGCAGCAGCAGCAGCAGCAGCAGCAGCAGCAGCAGAAGCGGGGAAGCAGAAUGAGAAGAGUUUGCCUGCUAGUAGCCUGGAGAGUUGCUGCAGCAGAUGGGGUCUUUCUGCUGCAGCAGCAGCAGCAGCAGCGCCAGUUGUAUCAGCAGCAGCAGCAGCAGCAGCAGCAGCAGCAGCAGCAGAGUGAUGAGGCAAAGACAGCCGCACGAGAAAGGAGACGGUGUCUGUGA